CCCAAUUAUUUCGCGUCAGGCUGACGCCAAAAAUCAGGCCCGGCCCGAUUUGACCUCGGAUCAUUCGCCCACGCCCAACGGCCACACCACCGUCCUCUUCUUCACCAGCGCCCGUGCUCCCGCCGCCGAACCCGCCUCAAGUCACCGAAGCACGCUGACGCCGGCCACCACGAAGGGACUCUCCCUUCCUCGUAGUCCUACUCCACCUCCCCCCUCUUCCCGUUUGGGUUGGCGCGGGAGUGGAGGUCCAUCCGGACUCGGCAUUGAUCGGUCUCUUCUGUUGUGCGGAUUUCAUUGCUGCAUGGUGGAGUGAUUGUCUAAUCCAUAUCCAUCCGUGGCUCUAGUACGGUUUGGUGAGGUUAGGCUCUUCUUAUGCCUCAUCAGUGCGCGCAGGAUCGAUCGGGCUCAGUUGACGCCAUAGGGUUCGGGGCGCAAGGUGAUUGUGCAGUGUACUUUCCAAAAAUGUUAAGGGUUCAAGUACCCCCCCCCCCCCACCACACACACACACGCACAAAUGUCCCACGCUAAGUCUGCCCCUGUUUAUUACAGUUCAUACCUAGUGUUAUGAGUUGUCUAGAGAUGGUGAUUCCUGCAAAAAUAAGUUAGAGUUGUUCCUCUUGGUGUAUGAGUGUGGACGGGAAAAACUAAAGGAGGCCAAUUUUAUGCAUAUAUAUUGAUUUUCAAGGUUUUCAAUACUACUUUUCAGUUCUAAGCAAAAUUGAAAACCGUAUACACUCAUCCAUUAAUUGUUUGUGUUUUUUUGUAUUGUUUCGACAUGGUAGUUAUUGAGGUGCAAAUCCUCUUUGACAACUCAAAUAUGUUGUUGGCCUGGAGACUGACUUCAGUUCAACUUGAGUGCUACACUUUUUCAUUACUUUGUGUGAAUUCAGUGCAUAGCAUUUUCUAUAAUAACUACCAGGUAAAAGGGAAAAAGGAACUUCAGAACAUGAUUAUCUUCGUAGCACCCCCUAAUUCUAUCUUUUGCUUGCAAUUUUUCUGUGCAAUACCUGCAUCAACCAAGGAAGCAUGUGCUACAUUUUCCCCUUGUUUUGAAGUGUAAUUGUUGAUUCACUUACCCAUUUUCAUUUUCAAUCUUGCAUGCUAUCAAGGAAUUCAGUGAAUUUUGGAAUGGUGAAGGCACAGAGUAAGGAAUAUUGUGCAUUUGGUGGUGCAAUUUUUCUGUGCAACCAUCUGACCAGGAAGGAGUGCUUUGAGAGAAAAAUAUUUGGCCUUGCUCCUUACUGUGCUGAUUUUGUUGAGAAAGUUAAAGCUGGUACGACUUUAUUCUUGUUUGAUGUUGACCAGCGUAAGCUUCAUGGGGUUUUUGAAGCAACUUCAGAUGGAGCUGUGAACAUUAUUCCUGAUGCAUAUAUCUCAAUUGGGCAGCAGUAUCCUUCUCAGAUACGUUUCAAGAGAAUUUGGUUUUGCGAGCCUUUGAUGGAAGGUGAAUUUCAAGAUGCUGUCCGGAAAAGCUUUUCGAUAAAAAACAAGUUUAGUUAUGGUUUGUCACAUCAACAGGUUGCAAAGCUUCUUCACUUAUUUUCAUCACGGAACAGAUUGCAGUGUCCUCAGAAUCCAAGGUUACAAGAUGAUGUCUCAAGGGAGUUUGAAAUUUCUUCUCUGGUUAAAGAAACUGAUAUGCAGUCCAGUCCAAACAGCAGUUCAUGUGGUUCAUUCAGAAGCCCCUGUCAGACAUGUUCCUCCUCCACACUUGGGGAGCAUGCAGCAUCCCUGGGUCACAAAUUAAUUGAUCCCAUGUCAUUAGGGGAAUCAGACAUCUCUAAUGUGGCUAAGUCGAACAGCUCAAAAUCUCCCCUGCACACUGGAGCAGAUGUAGGCAUUGUCACCAUACCCAGCAACCAAGAAGCAAUGGAUGAACAACCUACUGAUGACUAUAUACCACUUCCGCAGGAGGAAGAUGCUUUAGAUGGUGUUGAUGAUCUAUUUGGGUUGCUUGAAGAUGAAAGGCACUCUUCCGAAUAUAAAGGUAGCAGUGACUCUGAAGAUCAUACUACUUUCCACCAAACUUGUGUUAGGAAGGGAGUUGAACGCUAUCCACCCAUGGUAAAUUCCAAGCUCCGCUCUGACAGUGAAGGGCGGAAAAGUGUGUUUUCUCGGUUAGUGAGAGCGCAUGAAACUUUUAGCCAAAGAAAAAGGUCUAAGACCAAUGCAUUUCCACCAAGGAGUGCUGAGUCUUUCAAUCCCCUUUCCCAGCGAAAAAAACAGUGGAGGGCACCGCGUAACAGGCCUAUUCCAUGUCAUAAUGAUGGAAUGUUGGAUAUGCCUUCAACUGAUAGGCUGAGCGGAGUUCCAGCAUUGGAUUAUUCAUUUUUCUGGAGUGACAAUGGAAGAUCCACCAAGUUCUCUGGAGUACAUGAGAGCAGUGAGGUCAGUGUUAAAGAAGAAAUGAGAACCCCUUCCUUGAAUUUUAAGCAGCAUGCUAACGAUUCAAAUGUUGGAGGAGGAGAUCAGGAUUUUGACAGUGAGGAUGUUGAGGAAGCAGGAAGGAAGAAGAUGCUAGCAACAGCAUCCUUCCAUCAAGAGUAUCCAAGUGACACUGUAUUGGUUCCUAAAGGCACCAAAGCUAUGGAUAUUCUAGCAAUAUCUGAUGGAAACUGUAAAGAGAAGAGCAUCAGUUUGUCAUCUAAGGGCACAUAUACUCAGGUAGCUAGACCUUAUAUGGAAACCAAUGGGCUCCUGCAAGAUGAACAAUGGCAAAGCAUUCAAGGUUGCUUUGAAUAUGGUGAAGGUGUCACAAGUGAUACAUCAUUGAUUCUUGAAAGUUCUAAAACUAUGGACUCAUUGGCCCAGCAGACUUUUGGAGAUAGGAAGGCUUUAUCGAAUGACGAAACUGGGAGCCAUGUGGCUGCCAGUCAUCUGGGAACUGAAACAUCCUUCCAAGAGAAACAAACCCAAAGCGUUAGGAGAUCCCACAGAGUGGUUAAUAGUGAUGAGAUAUUGCUCCUGGGAAAAUUUGAAACUAUGUAUUUCUUACCGAACCAUGUUGAAGAUUGUGGAAACAAGAGAAGUUUGCCAUCUGAUGGGAGUGAUAGACUUGUUGCUUCUUGUCAUCGGGAAACUGAAAUGUCCCUGCUGCAGAAACAAACUCCGAAUGAUCAGAGCUGCUCUGAAGUAGUUCACGAUGAUAAAGUGCUGGUUCCCGAAAUCUCUGAAGUAAUGUUCCUCAAGUUUGAUGCAGACUCUGGAAACAAGGGUACAAGUUUGGGUUCUGAUUAUAGGGAAGAGGUAUACAAUCUUGUUAGAAACUGUCAUGAAGUAGUCCCUAGUGAUGUUGCGCCGGUUUUUGAAAGUUGUGGACCUCUUAGUAACUUCCCUAUAUUACAUGGAGACAGUGCAAAUAAGAAUAGCUUAUUGGAGGAAGCUUCAAAACAUUUGUCUACUGGUCAUCAAGAUACCGCUAUGCUCCUUCAGGACGAACAUUACCACAGCUGCUGUGGUGAUACUUCAUCUGUUUUGGAGUAUUCCACUGUGGACACAAGUACUGGGGAUGAAGGCAGUGAACACAAGAACUCCUUCAAUCAGAAAGAUGAAGUUCUGUUCUCAGUGACUGGUUCUGAAGAUCGUAGAAACACUACCAACGCAUUCUCAUCUGACAGAAGCCGAAGUUGUGCACCUACUAAGUAUCAGGAAUGCAGCAAACUCAUGAUGCUAAAAGAGGAGCAAUAUCAGAAUUUCCAAAGCAGGCCUGAACUAGCCCCUGAAAACUCCAAUUCUAUGGACUUCUUUGCAGUCUCCGCUGAAGGCUUUGGAAGCAGGAGUGGGUUAUCAGCUGAUAGAACAUCUGGUUAUCAGGUUGCUGAUCUUCUCGGAACGAACUCAGAGUCCAGAACAAGUUUCGUCAACGACUCUUCAAGCGGAUCUGCCGAGGCUUUUAGUACUUCUGCUCUGGGUAGUGAAAAUGUUGACCACAAUGUCAACGGUUCAGAAGUCUACGCAGAGCCGCCCAUACUUCAACAUGAUCCUGGGGAAGCCACGAAAUUUCUGUGACCAUCAUUCUGCCUGCACAGCCUGCGGCACAGGUUGAAAGGAGUGUAUCCACCUGAGGGACGAAAUUAUGCGGUGAGCUGCCCUUUUGUUUGUUGUUAGAAUGUUACUACGCCCUUCGCUUGUUGUUAGAAUGUUAUUCCGUAGCAAAGCGUAGAGUUGAACUAUGGUAAAUUGACAUACCCUGCCUGCGUGUGUUAGUUGUUUACUAUUGCUGUAUCGCAGACCCUGCCUCUGUGUGUGUGUGUGUGUGUGUGUGUGUGUGUGUGUGUGUGUGUGUGUGGAAACGACUCUACUGCUUGAUCGCCCUUCUUGUGUUCCGCUUGGAGUAGACCAUCUUAAUUCCUGAUGAGAAGGAUGAUGGUCCUAUCUGUGAUCUUUCCCUUGUCUCUAUACUGCUGCCUAUC